ACAUUAUGUUUUUUUUAAGAAAGAACCUCAACUAGCACUAUAAAUAGUCGUUAUUUAGACGAGGAAAUUGCAAAACGCUAUCACCUCGCGUAAGUAGGAUUUGGUGUAUAUAUGGAGCACUUAAAAGGUUCCGCUCUUGUUGCUUUACUUGUUUUUUCUACUUUUCUUAUGGUGUCCCAAAGUCGAAAUAUCAAUAUUGAUAACUCCCACGGAGAAGUCAAGCCUCAGGGCUUAGGGUUGGACUUGGGUAACGGCAUAGGUAUUGGUCUUGGCACUGGCAUUGGUAUAGGGCUGGGCGGAUCUGGGUCCGGUGCAGGUUCGGGCUCGAGCUCGGGCUCGAGCGGCUCAUCAUCAAGUUCGAGCUCAAGUUCAAGUUCGAGCUCUACUAGCUCCGGUGGAGGAGGCAAUGCAGGAUCCGAAGCCGGAUCCUAUGCAGGAUCAGGUGCUCGUUCAAAUAACGGCAGAAGCAACGGAGGUGGCGGAUAUGGUGGCGGCUAUGGAGGAGGUUACGGUGGCGGUGGCGGUGGCGGGCACUAAGUGGUACCCGGUCGGCCAAUGGUAGCUAGUCACUACAAGGAAAUAUUAAAGUGGGAAUAAAUGAAAAGUUUAAACUAGAUAUUAAAUAUUUGGGUUAAAAAUAUGAUGCAGUACGUUCUUAUGUCACAUACUCAUAUGUAGGUAUGCUUUCUUUUCUAUAUUGAUCGAUACUUUUAAGUUGAUCGAGUUUGUAAUAUUAUUCUACGUACCAUCUAUUUGAAUGUAUUGGUAAAAUACGAUAGUACAUGUUUUACAAAUUACCAUAAACCAGACGAAUUUAGAAACUAAUUUGUGUUAGCUAAAGAACGAUUGGACAAAUCGAUUUAAAUUGAAAGAAAUAUAUUGAACCUGUUGGGUGUGUUUCGGAAAAUAAAGAAAAUUAAUUAAAAUAAAUUAAUUAAUUAAAAUGACGAAAGAAAAACAAGAAAAGAGAUGGAGCAGAAUUUGUCAAAGCUCGUGCUACGCACGAUGUCCUUAAAACGUAUUUGUUGCCUCCCACGGUGCUAGGAGCGUUGCAACAAUAGUUUCCCAGGAUACGAUGACAACGAACUAGUGUUUGAGCACACAAACAAAAGUUCCAGCGAACGA